ACAGCAUUGACACAGCCAGUUAACACACUGUGCCAGGGAUUCGGCAAGAAAUUAACUCCUAUCCUCCCGUUUGCCGACCACCGCGUCCUGCUGGCUACAAGAACUGGGUGGAUUUAUGGACGCUUUGUCACGUAAAACGAUGGUACCAGUCUGGCAUUAUAAUGCUAAAACUUUGGUUUAAUUCUGUAACUUACACGCGUUCCAAUAUUAUCUACAGGACCUAUUUGAGCUGGUAGACAGUGAUUUAGGAAAUCAAAAGGAUCAGUUCUGACAGUCGCCCAUCACACCUUGGUGACUACAAGUGGGGCAUUUUUAAACUGGAGUAUUUUAAAGAGAUAAGACAUAGUUGACAUGGAGAUCGGUAGAGGUGUAACUGUUGUGAGAAUCUUAUCAAACUAAUGAGUGUGUAAAAUGUACCCAGACACAAGAGGGACGGACCGGCUUUUAUAGAGAGAAGGCUCUUCCACCGGGUCACGCGCCAAGAUGAGUCAGAUGUACGAGCGCGUGAUCAAUGUGAUCAAGAAGAGCCCUGAUCAGCGGCAACAGCACGAGGUGGAGAUCAUCAUCCCGUGGCUACGCAAGAAAAGCCAGCUUCUGCAGUCUAUGAAGAAAGACGUGAUUGUUGACAUAAUACGUAACUGCUACUAUCAGCACAACGCCGCAGACCACGUGGUCAUAAAGCAAGGAGAGAGUGGAGAGUGCUUUUACAUCAUAGUCAACGGCAGCGUGUCAGUCUAUAUUGACCCAAACUUAUCGGGAGAGUCCGCCUUGAAAGACAAGGAAGAAAAGGAAGAGCAAAAAGAAAUCGAGAGUGCUGAAGAAUUAGACAAUGUGGAACAGGACGAAAACGAAACUGAAAGCAAUACUCAGGGAGUGACGGAGGAGGAGGAGGAGGAAGAAUAUGAAGACGAUGGAGAAAAAGAUGAAGAUAGAGAUGAAGAAGGGGAUGACAUUUCGGACGAUGAUGAAGCAGAUGAUGAUGAAGAAGAAGAAAAACAGUCGAAGAACCGCACGCUGUCCGUGAAGUCAUCGGCAAAGCCACCAAAAUCUUCCAAAUCCACCAAAUCUACAAAAUCUUCAAAGGCAGCCAAAACUCCCAAGAAGCCGCGGUUGAACAGAAGCCUGUACGGGAACUACAUCGUGUCCUUUGGUUCAGGCAAGAGCUUUGGGGAAAUCGCCCUCAUUAGUGAGGACAACAUCAGGAACGCGUCCAUCAUCACAGACGAGGAGACAGAUUUCCUGGUAAUCCACAGGGAUCUGUACAACAGGUGCUUGAAGGCUGCUGCAGAACUAGAGUUUAAAGAGAAAAACGACUUUGUAGAGAACCACCCCUUCUUCUGUACGUGGACGCCCAAGAUGCAAAGUCUUCUGAAGAUGAGCAUCAGAAAAGAAAGCUACAGCUUUGAUACUCCCAUUGUCCGCCAGGGGGAGCCUGUUGUAGGACUGCACUUUAUGUUGAAUGGUCAGGCAAAGUUCGUGGUGGAGCCAGGUAAGCACAAGGGUCAGUACCCGGACAGACACCCCUUCCAGGACUCCGCAGACGUCUACAGCGGGGACUGGAUGCCAAAAAGAAAGCGGUUGGAUUCUUCCAACAACGAUGACCCAAACAAAUCAACAGUAAAACAGGAAUCCGUGCGAGUGCGCAGGCGCGACGGUUACGCCGCAGCAGAGAAAAAACUCCACGGUAAAUCCAUGGAUUUAUGUUUUGUGCGGGACCGAGAAAUCAUUGGAGACAUUGAGAUUGCUAUGAAUCUUGACACUUACUUCGCUACAGUGAUAUGCACUACAAAUACCCAAGCUUUCCUCUUAGAUUUAAAGACAUAUGAGCGACUAAUCAUAAAGAAAAACAAACCAACGAUAGAAACGCUAACACUUCACGCGGAAACAAAGCUCAUGUCGCGAGUCACCUCCCUCCAAGGGAGUCAAGUACCACUUCUACGCCAUCUAGCGUUCAAAUUGCAUCACCAAGAGGAGACGCAACCGAAGAAAACGACACCACUAAGAAACUCAAAGGAGCUUCCGGAUAAAGAGGUGCUUAUACAUAAACUUCUCCAAUGGUUCGUACGGGACAGAGCCCCGCUAAUAGAACCCAUGGUGCCCGGUGCGGUAUUCUACAAAGACAUAAUGGAGGAAAAAGCCAAACGCCGGGAAGGUAUCAGGGCACACAGAAAGAAAAUGGAAAGGAAAAAUAUGCUUCCAAGUACUUUACGCAAAGACGUUAGCCAGGAUAGCCGUAAACCUCGCAGCAUAACUGCCUUGAAAGACGUUAUAAAACGCAUGAAGGAGAAGGGUGUCAUUGAUUCCGGGCAGCCAAAGCCGAGAACUUUCGAGCAGCAUUCGCAGGAAAUUGACACGCUCCUGUCGAAACCAAAGCAAGAAUGGCAAGCAGAGAAAGAACGUAAGAGGCAAGAGGUAGUGGAACAAGAGCGAUUGAAACGAGAGGAUAAUAAUACUCAAGCUGCACGCAGAGCUUCCAUGCAUCUUAUCUUCGCAGCAGCAAAAGUGGAUCAACCACCCGUGUCCAAGGAGAGUGACACUGUGGAAACCUCUCCCCGGAUUUCUGCUUCAGGGGAACAACACGGGUCCGUGAGUGCAACGAAUCUAGGUCAAGGUCAGGGUCAAGCUGAGGCUACGAAGCAGUCCAAUUCACCGAGUCUAACGUCACCUUCAGGGGAAAACCUUAAUACUGGUGAUGUGGAGAUGAAAACUGGAGACGGUGGUAACCAGUCCAUUGACAGACCGAUUGUCGAACUGCCUACCAAGAGCAACGGGAGUCCAACACCGUCUAACGCUACUAAACCAUCACCAACAUGCUCAGUGAGCACUCCAGUAACAGGCAUGCGCAGAAUGAGCGACCCAGAGGUUUCCAAGGUUACAAGUGGGAAACCAUUUCUUCCGGUGAUACAAGAGCGACCUCAGACGGAAGAAAAAGCUACAAGAGAUCUUAUAACGACUUUACAGAAAAUAACUUUGGAGCGCGAGCGUGCUAAAUCUCAACCGGAGGAACCAGAACGCAGGGAUAGUCUGUUGCCCGACUUAGAAGUUAACCCAGUCGAAAACCCGUCAAGCAUGGGUCUGAAAAGACCAAGAGGGCUGAAGUUUUUCAACGCCAUAGUGCGCAACAAGAUCCGUCUUUUGGAGAAGCAGCAAGCGUUUCGUGACUGGGAAACCAGCGAUAAGAUUCUCUCGUACCUUGAAGAACGGGUGAAGAGGUUCAGCGUUAAUUCCCACCGCCACGCCAAGUCUGCGGUCUCCCUGCCUCAACUGCGGCGGUACAAUAUUAAAGAAGGUGAGAUAAACCAGCCAAAACCCGGCGGAAAGGUGAUGAUAAAGAAACAGACGUGUCCGCUGACGCAGUGUCGGUAUCACAUCAAAGACCACGAGCACAUACGAUAUCACAUGGUGGAGGCGUUACCAAAUAAGGAUAAAAUUCAAAAGGCACGUGUCAUGGUACAGAUGCUUAUGGAGAAAUCGAUCGAGAAAAAAUUACAGCAGGAAAGUACGCCAAAGAAAACAUUGGGGCAGUGGAUUCCGUAA